AUGUGCUACAAAGUCGUCGAACGUUUCUCCGUCUGCAAAUGCGUCUACUUUCAACACUCUAUUGACCCCUGCUCUGCUUAUGGUCAACGAGGUCAUUCCGUUCAGGAAAAGACUGUGCUAGUAGGCUAUGCCUGCACGAGUCACUCUUCUCGUGGUUCUUCUUCCUCGCCGACUGCGACCCGCUGGCCGGAUUCGGGAUACUCUAGUUCUAAGGGAUCUUAUCGGUAG